AUUCAACGUUGAAUUAUUUUCUGAGUGUGCCUUCACAAGGACAACUUUGCUAAAAAGGAACAUUUAAAAAAGGCGUUCAUAUUUGUUCUAUUGCAGCCGUGUGAUACUGACAGGAAUAGCCGAAAUCGAAAGUGAAGUUUUAGAAGUGACAGUAGCAGCUUAGCCGGUUCAUCGUCGUUGUUUUUCCUUAGAGGUGACAACUCGAAGGGACGCUUUUCGGCUACAAGAAUACACGAAUAAAUCGGUCAUCAAGUGGGUGUUCUAUUGCGUUUAUUUGGACUGUGAAAACUACUGAAAACAAUGGAGCUGAACAUUUCAACAAGACACUACCGAGGCUCAAAAGAAUACUUCCCACCCCAGGAACAGAACACCAUGCAUGGCCUGGUUAAUCAAGGGGCAACGUGUUAUUUGAACAGUGUUCUGCAGGUCCUCUUCAUGACUAAAGAAUUCAGAGAGGCUGUUGAAAGUAAUAGGCCUCACCAAGAAGAAGACACUGUUGAUCUUCAGCUGAAAAAGAUGUUUACAACUUUACGUGAAAUUGAAACGAACACAAAGGGCAUCUCAUCAAUACUAGGCAUUGAUGAUGUAUACAAGGAAUGUGAUGCGGCUGAGUAUUUAGAGAAGAUUUUAGGCAUGGUCAAUCCUGAAGUGUCAAAGAUCUUCAAAGGACAACUGAGGCACAUCACUACCUGUUUAGGAAAACAUGUGAUGAGUGAUGGAUUUGGUCCAUUUUGGACACUGCCCCUCUCAAUAGCAGAUCCCUCUGGCUCUUACAAAACCUACAGUGUGAAAGAUGGCUUUAAGGAGUUCUUCAAGUCUUCAACUGUCAGUGGGGAAAACCAAGUGUACUGUGAUGAAUGUGAAAAGAAAUCAGAUGCAACCAUUGAAUGCAAGAUGGAAUAUCACCCAGAAAUUCUUACUCUGCUCCUCAAGCGGUUUGAAUUUGACUACUACAGCAUGUCAUAUGUCAAAAUCAACUGCUACGUGGAUGUGCCUCACACACUAAAGACAGAGAAAUGUGACUAUGAACUCUAUGCGAUUGUGGACCAUUUCGGAAGUCUCAGAGGUGGACACUACACUGCUAAGAUCAAGUCCUUUGAAGAUUAUAACUGGUAUGAGUUCAAUGACUCAUAUGUCACAAAGCUCCAACCAGCUCCACUGAUUGAAAGUUCUUGGAGUGCUUAUCUACUGAUGUACAGGAAAUCACAUGCUUCAGAUCGUGAGAACCACGGAACCAACCAAGUUCACGGUUCAAUCCGAGAGGAUGAGGUUACAGAGGUUGGAGAGCAUGUUCAAGUAAAGACAAGUGGAGAUGAUGAUCACGGUGUUGAUGGAAAUAAAGGACAGGGACAACAUGCUGCAGUCAGAAGAACGGAAAAUGUAGGAAAGGCAGAUACAGGAAGAGAUGAUGAUGAUUUGAUAGGGAGAAGAAAGGAGGAUGCUGCACACAGGAGAGAGGAUGUGGAUGAAACAAGACGAUAUGAUGUGGCUUUGAUAACAGAGAAACAGCAGAGUCCAGAGAUAUGUCAGAAAUUAGGCAAACUCCGUGUGUUUUAUCAUGACUAUAUUUUGCCCAUCAGGUAUUCAUCAUUGAAAGAAGAGGAUAAUGUUGUGGAGAAAAUAGAACAGGAUGAUGUAGUGAGAAGGGUAGAUAAGGACAGUGAGGGUGUCGUGGUAAAGGGAGAAACGCAUCUCGGUGAGACAAAGACAAGUCUGAUCAAGUACGGAGAGUCUUCCAGCUCUACAAACAGGUGUGAGACCAUCCCAUCCCAUUCUUCUCACAUCCAUCAAGAGUUCAAUGAACUCUUGAUGGAGAAGGACGAAAAGGAUGCCAAUUACAGCCAGGUCCUUGCUAACGUUCAGGACAACAAGCUGAGAGAGAUUCUUGAGAGGCAGAAGAAGAACAAGGCUCACUGUGGUUUCAGGCGCUUCUGGGGUGUCCGUGGCAAGCACACCAAGAUCAUUGGUUGCAGUGGUCGCACCGUUGGUAUGUCUAAGAAGAAGCAAACUAUGUCCCGACUCCACAUGUGUCAAUAAAUGCUACGGUUCACACACACACACACAAAAUAACGAUGCAAGAAGAAUGAAAAGAGAAGUGUAGAAGAGAUGGAGCUUUUGGUUAAAGACAAGAAAAGAAGAAAGAGGAACUUCAGGGAAUGUCACGUCCUGACCAGUAAUAGGGGUUAUUUGUUAUUGUAGUUUGGUCAGGACGUGGCAGGGGGUAUUUGUUUUAUGUGGUUUGGGGGUUAUGUGUAUGUAGAGGGGUGUUGUAUUUAUGUGUUCCGGGGUUUUUGGUGUAUGUUCUUGCUUUGGUAUUCUAGGAUUCUAGGUUGUGUAUUUCUUUGUUGGCCUGGUGUGGCUCUCAAUCAGGAACAGCUGUACAUCGUUGUUUCUGAUUGAGAGUCAUACUUAGGGAGCUUGUUUUCACCUGUCUCGUUGUGGGUAGUUGUUUUUUUUUUGCAUUGCUUUUGUGUAUAGCCUGCGAAACUGUUGGACUGGUGUUCUUUGUUUAUUGUUCUGUCGUGUUCACUUUAUAAAUAAAAUAUGAUGAGCACGCAACCCGCUGCGCCUUGGUCUAAUCCCUUCGACAGCCGUUACAGGGAAGGAGAGGAGGGAAUGGAAAAGAAGUGAGAUGGCUAAAUUUGAUGUUUCUGUUUUGUCCAAUUUGAAAACUGAAAGAGGAAUGUAUGGAAUAUAUUCUGAUUUUGGGAACAAUGCUGUAUUUAACCCUGUCUUAUCUUUUUAUAUAUGUUUAACAACUAACUUUAACUGAAGUCCUGUUAUUAGCCUCUAAUGUUCAACAUCGUUCAUCAUUUUACUCAGAUUACUUUCUUGUCCAAGUGUUUACAAAGUACUGUAUAUUAAAGAUGCUUUGUAUGUAGAAAAUAA